AUGGCCGCCUUCUUUCCCCGCACCAUCUACAACACCGAGGCUUCCUUCACGCCUCUCUUCCGUCUCCUUGACGACUUUGACUCCUACUCGCGCCAGUGCCAGCCCGCUUCCACCACCAACAACCACUGCAAGAAGCAGCAGCAGCAGCACUUUCGCAAGUCCGCCGUCUCCCACUGGCAGCCCAAGUUUGACGUCCGCGAGACCUCGGACGCCUACGAGCUCCACGGCGAGCUGCCCGGCCUCAGCAAGAACGACGUGAGCAUCGAGUUCACCGAGCCGCAGACGCUCGUCGUCCGCGGCAAGGUAGAGAGGAACUACACCGCCGGCAGCGCCCCCAACGCCGCCGCUGCUGCGCCGGCACCCGCUGCUGUUGAAGAGCCUCAGCUUGAGGAGCCCGUCUCGCACAAGACCACCGUGGCCGACGAGGACGACGCCAGCAUCCAGGAGGAGAGCGGCUUCGAGGUGGUGAGCGAGACUUCCAACACCGCCCCCGCCACGCCCGAGACCGAAGCGGCCGCUGCCGCGGCACCGGUCGACCAGGCCAAGUACUGGCUCACGGAGCGCAGCAUCGGCGAGUUCGCCCGCUCCUUCAGCUUCCCCUCCCGCGUCGACCAGGACUCAGUUACCGCGGCCUUCCAGGACGGUAUCCUCAGCAUCUCUGUGCCCAAGGCCAAGAAGCACGAAACCAUCCGCAUCGCCAUCAACUAA